UUCGCAGAUAAAGCAGUGGGGUCAACUAGUUCAUCGGAUAAGUCUAAAUACAAUCCAGAGAGAAGAAAUGAGGCUUCAGCUGUUCGGGGAGCUUCACGUAAUUACGGUUCCGAUGACGCGUUUCUGUCGUUGUGGGAUAUGGGAGGACAUGGGUCAUUUCAGGCUUCACACAAUGUCUUCCUCUCUGCGCACGGUGUAUACCUAUUAGUCUUCAGACUCACAGAUUUUCUCAGAGACAAGCUGGAAACUGAUCGACUGAAGAGGUGGAUCCGAUUGAUUGGCACAUUUUCCAAAGACGAAUUAACUGCUCCAAACCUCCGUUCAAAAAGGAUACAAGCACCUCCGAUUAUCUUUGUCGGUACAUUCCUUGAUGAGCUAAAGAAAGAAUACAAUGACUACAACAAACAAAUAGCAGACAUAAACAGGAGCAUCACGAAAUUUCCAGAGCUGUCAAGUCUCCAUUUCGUGAGGUUCUGUACAGUUGAUAACAGCCUCGGCAAUGAUCAUAGAGAACUUCACAUAUUGCGAGGCUUCAUCACAGAGGCUGCUGAGCAUCAGGAUCAAUGGGAAAGAGAACUUCCUACUACGUGGUUAAAGUUAGAAUUGGAUCUGUAUCAAGCUAGGGAAAGGGAACAAAGAUACUGACACUGGAGGAGGUUGUAAACAUGAACAAAACAUCGCUGGCCCCAUUGAAGGAUGAAGAUGAGAUCAAACUUGCCCUAGAGUACCUUCACAGCAUCAGGUCUGUGAUAUAUUUCCGGGAAUCUGACUACGUCAUCAAUGACCCACAAUGGCUCGCUGAUUUCUUCAGUAUCCUGAUUACCGAUGACUACUUUCUCCCAAGCUAUGACCCACUGCUCAACCGAGACUUGGAUUUGUACAAAACCAAGGGCGAGUUAACUCAGAAGUUGAUCAAAGGUCUCCUCUGUUUGAAGAAGAAUGAAGCUUUUGCUCCCUUCAAGUCCAUUCUCCUCGCUCUGAUGGAAAAGUUUGGACUGAUAGUGAAAAUACUGCUGUCGGAAAACGCCACAGAAAAUGCACAAUUCAGUGAGACGUAUACCGUUCCAAGCAAACUUUCGGAGCUUCAAAAUAUCGACGGGAUUACCGAUGAGGUUAAUGCACUUAAGCACAGAAAUCUUGCUGUCUCUAAAACGUUAUGUUUCGUGUUUGGUGACAUUUAUGUACCAUACGAACUGUUCCACAGAAUAUUUGCCGAGAUCCUUAGGACGUAUAGAGCAACUUCAUUGUCAGCACGAAGCUUGGAGGAAGCUGCUGAAGGUGGCGAGUCGACGGCAGAGACUACAGGAUUGUCUCUAUAUGGAUUUUGGGUGUUUUGAGGUCAACGACAUUUGCAGAAUAAUAUUGUCCAUGCACGCAGAGAGGUCAACCAUUGCCGUGACAGUGUUCAGUCCCACAGAAUCUCGGCUUCCGGCAGAUUCUGGAAAAUACGUGCGGCUCUCAAUCGAGCGUAUUCUUCGGGAAACAUUGCAAAUGAGUAAUCAAGAACACUUUCAUUACUCACACCAACUACACUGCAACUUUCAUCUGAGCCCAUACGACACCCCAGUACAGCUGUACGGCAUCAUCCACUCAGAAAGAGGCGUGUGCUGUAAAGGUGGGGAAUGUCAAGGGCAACAUCGUCUGUCAAGAGAUGAUAUCGAGUAUUGGGGCAUCACAGAGGUGUCUACAAGGACUGCUACCCUGGCAGGUACAGCGUUAGUCGAUAAAAAUAUUCCAGAAAGAAGACCAACACCCCGGGAACUUGGUCGUCUGUCAAGUAUAGUUGAUGCGUCCUCCUGUGAGAUGUUGUUUAUUGAGCUAGGCAUUUCUAGUCUAGAAAUCAAAAAUAUCAAGGAGGAGUCAUCGAGAUUGGCGGCAAUCACCCAGAUCACCAAGAUGUUUUUAAGAUGGACAAACGCCUACCCAAAUCAAACGUUCCAAGACAUCGCAAAUGCUAUGACAAAUGUUAACAUGGCAACUGACCGCAUUCCUGAAGUGAUCGAAGUAAACGAAGAGUCAUCCUGUCGAGGUAUUGUUCCAAAUGAAGUAUGGAGCAGAGCACCAUCUGAUGAUGAAAUAACAGAAAUCGUAGACAACAUUGACAAAGCGUUCUUCAACCUGUGUCUUGAGCUUGGGUUGUCGCCUCCAGUUAUCGAUCAACACGUUCUUUGCCAUCCUGUCAACUUCCAGGACAGAAUGGGUGCCCUCCUUCGAUGUUGGAUAAAGAAAUUCCAACGACAGGCAACUAUAGGCAGGUUGCUGACAGCGAUGGAAGUGUGUCAGAUGGACUGGCAUACAACGGCACAAAUAUGGUCAAGAUGCCAGGAGAAGCCCACUACACAUCACCGAAGACGGCACAGAUUAAAGUGUUCAAUUGUUUAAAUGAAGAACACAUUGAAAAUUCUCGGAUUAUCAAAGCAAUUCUGAGGAGUUAAAAUGUAUUUUUUUUUUGUUAAUGAGGAAUAUCAUUACCAUGUUAAUGAUAAUUCUACCAGGAGAACCGCAAAGCAUAUGAAUUUUAUGUUUGUACUGUGUACAACAAACAUAAUGUUUUAUACCAGAACUGUAAAUUUUUAUCAUUAUCAAUGGCAAUAUUAAUUUUUAGUUACUAAUGACAUAUGUGUGCAGUAUGCGUUGACAAGAUGGGGCCAAAGGAUUAUAAAUACAUCUCCGCCUGGGCUUCCUACCCUCCGUCUGUCUGUCCACCUGACUUUGUAAAACCCUCUCCUUCCAUAUUUUGCUGGGUCUAAUUCAUGCCGUUGUACAUGGCUUAAAUGAUGGUCUUUGAUACCGUAAAGCAUGGAGUCAAUCAACUCUAUCAACAUGAAAAUGAGACCCCUUUUGGAAAUUAACAUAACUUAGGGUUGAAUGAUUCUGUACAAAAAAAGGACUGCUUAUCUUGACAGUUGAACAUAAUAUAUUAACGCUGAAAGUGGAAUUUCGUUUUAUUGGAACUUAUAAUUACAUUACCAGUGAAGCCUUGGAACUAUUGAUUCCCGGUCCCUCGUACAUCUGACCGUUCGUCUAUCUGCUAUUCCUUAUAAAUCUGUGAAGCUAAUUACUUCCUCCACAAUUUUGCGCGAGAUGACUUUUAGAUUUUUGCAACACAGUUUCUGUUCGACGGAUGUGAGUAUGCCUUUAACAUAGUUCAAUUACAUUAUGAAGAUGUGAAAAGAAGUGAUAUGCUUAUCAUCCCAUUAUAAAAUGAUAAAAAUGUAAUAGAUUAAGCAAGCAGAGAAUUUUUGAAUAAUUCUAAUAAUUUCAUUUAUUUCAAUGAUGUACUGUCCAUUUUGUGUAUAGAAGAAAUAUAUUGUGUUAUUUUUGCUGUUAUAAACAAGCGGGAUUUUAAGCAUCUGAAAAGUUUGCUGUCAGCGUGGUGUAAUUUACGACGCAAUUAAAGGAUACCAUUAUAUACCGAUUAAUUGCUUACUGCAGUUCACCUUCCCUAUUACAAAUCACGACCUUAUACAAAUCUGAGUCUCUGCCAAAAUGAUAAACCAUGCUCAAUCAGAAUUUCUACGUGUCUAAUUACCAUUUCUAUUUUAUUAUAACAUUUUACGCAUUUGUAAGUGUUAGGUUGAUGAAAGGAAUGCCUAUUUUUCAAUUGCAGAGAUUAUUGUAAUUUAACUUAUUAUGUAUAUAAAAUUAGUAAAAAAAAAUUGUCAUUAGUCAAUUUUAAAUAACUAGAGUGGAAUAUCUUUCGUUCCUAUUUCAUGAUAAUUAUGUUAAUUACAAACACAUGUUUGGAAGAUUUUACAAAACCAUUCAUAAUUUAUUUGGAAUUUACCCAUCAAGCAAUGUUUGGUAAAAACAAAACCUUGUUCACGUAGUAUAUAUAAAUAAUAAUUAUACAUUCUGUUUAAUGAAGGCGUUUUAAGUUGUUUGUUUAAUAUAAUGUUGUUGAUAUUCCGAAUCACAAUAGGCUUUAGCAGAUUAUCUAUUUCCGGGGUUAUUUGAUUAGUGUAAACAGCAAGAUCAAGGAUCGCUUGACAACACUGCAAAGAAAUUAAAAUCGUGAAAGAAAGAAAUAGUCACCCUUCUCCACCCCUUCCAUAUCUGAGUUCACCUUAGGUUUCAAAGUUGUUAUUUCUAUGAAGUUGUUUCAGUAAAAAUGUCUAUAUUUAACAUCUAAUUCUCAUGAAUUAAUUGCAUCUCAAGAUAACUGCCUUAUAUAUUGUUUGUUAUGAAAUAUAUAAUUAAGCUAUGAGUGUUUGCCUUUUUAUAGUAAAGAUCACCCAUCUGUUUGCCUUUAUACAAAAUUAAGUUGAAAUAAAAUAACACAUCUCUCUGUUAAUUUGGCACAUAUUAAUAAGUAUUGACGUAGUUAGCCCGAUCCCAAAGAUAUCACGCGGGUUUAAUUUCAAUGUUUUAUUAAUUUCGUUUCUUAUUCGAGUCACUCAUUGCUUAUGAUUCUUAUUUUCAGUGUUAAUUAUUUUUUAUUGUAAUUACAUCCAUAUCGUGUAAAAGUUAGUUGUUAUACUGAUUGAUAUUGUAUAGUAAUAAAAUAAAAAAUAACAAAAAAAAACCACACUUAAUAUUGACUUCUUUACUACUGAAAUGAAUAUUAUAUAGCAUAUCAGGUUGUCUGAUUUACUUAUUGGUGUCAAAAUACCCAUACGCUUUUAUAAAUAUAAAUAAAUACGGCUGGAUCAAGGAAUUAUCUUUAUAUAAAUACGUACGUUUAAUGAAUAUUUACCUGAAUAUGUUUGAAGUAAUCACAAUAUUGUUUUUAGAAAUGGUUAUGGAAAUGUUUAUUAUUGCUUCAUAUGUAUAGUUAACAUAAGGAGGAGGUGAUUGGUCGAGAGAUGCACAGCUUUGCUUUUAUUUGUAGCAGGUUUACUGGAGUCAGAUGUCCGAGGCCGCUGAUAAGAUUAACGAAUCAAAGUGUGUGUAUAUUAUAUGAUUAUUAGUAAUUAGAUAAUCUACACUGGAAGCCGAAUUUAUUUCAAACCACCUCCCCAACAAUCCACCUUCUAAUGCUUACUUGUUUUCUGGCUUAUGAUGAUCAAUGCUAUAUCAUCUGAAAUUUAUGUUUGCAAAUGUAUAUGUAAAUGUAUGUAUACCAUGAUGCGGAUUUGCUAUCAUGAACGAUAUUGAUGUAUUUUGUUUACUCUAUGCCAUCGAAGUUUUUUUUUUUCAUUACAUCGUUUUAUUAUAUGAUCAUAUCUUUCACAUUCUUCGGUUGGCUAACAAAGUGUCACGUGAUUCCAGAUAAAAGUCUUAUUGACCGGCUGUGAAAAGCAAAGCUGGUAAAUAUGCUUGUUAACUGGGUGUUUCUAAAAAUGGGUUAUUUAUUAGAUGGUUCCCCUUGGUAUUUUCUACAUUGUAAAAUAUCUUUAAGGUUUUUAAAAAUUACUGGAAAUAACGGUGACUAUUACAAUAUUAGCUAUCACAAGAAAUAAUGUAAUCUUGUACAUUUGUGUACAUGGUUCUAUUAACCUAAAUGUGAUAUAAACGUAAUUAUAUUUUCUGUUUUUCUUAACUUUAUAAUUUCACACAUUACGAAAUUCUGCCUUUGUGCGACAUCUUUAUCUUAUAAACAUAAUUUAUCUUAUUGAAAUAUAUUGUUGAAGUCAAUGCAGUAAUAAAUUCUGAUGUUUGAAAGCCAUCGUUAUCUUUAUUCUUAAACUAUACCCUUGGAUUAAUCAAACAUGGUUGUCCUACUAAAAUACAACGUUUUAUUACUUCACGAUCCAUAUAAUUCCAGCCUUGAUAAGGAGAUACUGUUCUUUAGUAAACAUUAAUAGAUAAAGAACAUCUUACAUUUUGUUAUAAUUACCUAUGUGAAAAAGUGUACUUUAUAUCUGUACUUGUGUGAAAAAGAAAUAUAAUGGCAAUAAAGUUGUAUCAACUGAA